AUGUCCAGUGAAGCACACCCCUUGGGGAUUGCCAGUCAGGGCCGCAUUGUUGUUUGGCUUCAUGAGAGGAUUCGGGCCAACCCUGACCUUCCCCUGGACGUUUUAGCCCAACUAGAUUCUCAUUUGGUAUCCACAUUAGCUCAUUGUUUCAGUCAUGAUUUGUCCAAGUUUGAUAAGACACCACACUCCCAAGAAGCACAUAUCCUGGCUCUCUGUUAUUGUACAACUCCCCUCACUCCCCUCACUAUCUGUUCAGAUACCCUACCUAUGAAGGGACAGAUCAAGGUACAUAAUAUGGUCUUGGGUAUGACCAAAAGAGGAUUUAAUGCCGGGUCCAAGGAAAACAUCAUCACGUUGCCUUUGCCGUCUCUUGAAGUCAAACGAAUUGUGGAAUCCAUGAAAGAGUUUUUGAGGGCAAAGAGAUCCCAGGAGGAAGCUCUAUGGGCAAAAAGAAUGGGAUUUGCUUUGAAAACUAUGAAGGAUAGGCUUUUCUACAGUUCCUUACAAGUAAGGAGUAUUGGGCCUGAUGAUAGUGGAAAUGGUAUUGUCUUUGCCAUAAAUCAAGACGUCCAGAUCUGGGGUGACCAUGGGCCUGAAACAGUCCAGCUGAAGGAUUUGAGCUUGGCUAAGGAACUCUGGAUGCCAAUUGACAGUCAACCAGUAAAAGUCCCGGGAGAGGUGGAGAAUGCAGUAGAGGUUGAAACUCCUUGGUCUUCAACAACUACAUUGACGUAG